AUGCCAAAACGAACGCAAAAACAAAUGUCAACAGCGCUGAGCGCGAAUAAAGAAAUCAUCGAAAAGAAGUUGAAGGAAAAUCAGGAACUACGCGAAAAAAUCAAAGAAUUGGAAGAAUACAAAGUGGGCGAUGUUUUGGAGAGCGCUGAUAGUCUUCGUCAGCAGAUUUUCCGAUGCAAAAUGCAAUUGCGCAGCACUUUGGAGGAAUUGAAAAUUCGAACACAACAAUUGAAGGAAUGCGAGAAGAGUCGAAAUGAUAGAGGAAUUAUUAUCAAAGGAUUGGAGAUGAGUUUGGAGCAUCAGAAAUUGUUGAGAUUGGAGGCUAAAAGAGAUGCGACAGCGAAGACGAAAUUAUUGAUUGAUUUGGCGGAAAAUCGAGAAGGAAAGAAGGAAGUGAAAGCUGAAGUGGCCGAAAGACUUUGA